AUGGCCGUCGUUGGAAGAAAAUUGCGUUGGCUCGUCGAGAAGUUGGGAACCAGCAAGAAGCUAGUGAGGAGAGGAUGCUUCGCGGUGUAUGUCGGUGAAGAGACGGAGCGUCGUGAGAUCUCAGUGAAGUACUUGAAUUCUAUAAUGUUGCGAGCCUUGCUUAAUCAGUGCCAAGAUGAAUUCGACGAGCGCACAUGCCUCUACUUGUGUUGCUCGUCUGAAUUGCUCAAUUGGGUUCUUGAACUGGCCAAGGCCGAAGUAGAAGAGACCGAUCGUAAUCUUGCGAUCAAGAAUGAAGGGAUCCCAUUCCAGUAUUACAUAUGUUUAUGUAUUGUGAUUGAGUUGGUUAAAGUAGCAGUACUACCGGGACUUCUAAUAUUGUCAUUAACAUUGGCAAUUUUCCCUGGAAAGUCUUUACAGGCCGGAGAGGAAUUACAGUCGCUCAUGAAGAUUGCGUGCCCGAUUGUGAUGACCACGCUGCUCAUUUUCUCGAGGUCGGUGAUUUCCAUGCUCUUCCUGAGCCACCUCGGCAAGGAGGAGCUGGCCGGCGGGUCCCUAGCCCUCGGCUUCAGCAACAUCACGGGCAACUCAAUCCUGAAGGGCCUUGCAAUAGGCAUGGACCCAAUUUGCGCCCAGGCCUUUGGGGCCAAGCGAUGGUCGAUCAUGAGCCAGACGUACCAGAAGACCCUAUGCCUGAUGCUCCUUGUGUGCGUCCCUAUCUCGGCCCUCUGGCUCCACAUGGAGUCGAUCUUUGCCUGGCUCGGCCAAGACCCAGAGAUCACCCACAUUGCCCAGGUCUAUAUGGUGUUCUCAAUCCCUGAGCUCUUUGCCCAGGCUUGUCUCCAUCCAUUGAGAAUUUUUCUGAGGACUCAGGGCGUGACCACACCCCUCACAAUAGCCUGUGUCUGGUCAGUGAUCUUGCACUUGCCCAUAAACUACUUCCUGGUGGUCUACUUGGGCCUCGGUGUGAAGGGUGUGUCUCUUGCCCUUGGUUGGAACACCAUUAACCUCAACCUCGGCCUACUCAUCUACCUUGCUGUAUCAAACACGACCCUGAAGCCGUGGCACGGGGCCGGACUCCCCUCAAUCCUCCAGGGGUGGCGGCCGCUCCUGGCCCUGGCCUUGCCGAGCUGUGUCUCAGUGUGCCUCGAGUGGUGGUGGUACGAGAUCAUGCUCUUCCUCUGCGGCCUGGUCAACAACCCUAAGGCCUCGGUCGCGGCGAUGGGAAUAUUGAUUCAAACGACCGGGUUGUUGUACACGUUCCCAUUCGCACUUAGCUCGGGCCUGUCCGCACGCAUAGGGCAGGCCCUAGGUGCCGGCCACUCGUCCCGAGCCCAGCUCAUAUCUAUCAUCGGGAUUGCUGCAGCAGUUGCCUUCGGGCUCACCGCCCUCAUCUUCAUGAUUGCCAUCCAGCCGGUGUGGGGACGGAUCUACACAGACGAUCCGCAGGUCCUCAAAUUGGUCUCCACAGCCCUACCGAUCCUCGGCCUUUGUGAGCUUGGGAACUCCCCUCAAACCGCAUCAUGCGGGGUCCUGACAGGGACGGCCCGGCCCAACGUCGGGGCCCGUAUAAACUUGUUCUCGUUCUACUUGGUCGGAUUGUCCGUCGCAGUGCUCACGACGUUUCAAUUCAAGCUCGGGUUCCGCGGGCUGUGGUUCGGCCUACUGGCGUCCCAGAUCUCUUGUGUGUGCUUAAUGACUUACACAUUGAUUCAGACGGAUUGGAAGCAUCAGGUCAAGAGGGCUGACGAGCUGACCAUGGUCCCUGACGCUGGAGACCAGAAUGAUUUAGAGUCUGGCCUGCUCUCUGAUCAGUGA